AUGGACAAGAAGAGAGCUCAUCACAUAUCAGCCCCUAUAUCACCCAAUUACCAUGGAUUCGGACACUCCACAUCAGACUCACUGUUUGACGAUUAUCCACCGCCUGCCUAUCAGCCCCCACAUAAUAUGGCAACCUCUCUUGGUGCUGUGUCUGGAGCAGCCAUGCACCCACCGCCACCAGUACAAAGCAAAAGCAACCAAAAUUUGAACAAUUUCAAUCAGAUGAAUCAAUUCUAUCAUCCAACACCGCCACCACAAACUGUCAUCAUCUACCGUCAGCCUACUCGAUCAAAAGACGCAUGCUGCUGGGGAUGCUUAGCAGCAUUGUGCCUUUGCUUCGGGGCGAAAGAAUGUUGCUAG